GCUGAACGGCAGAAAACCUGAUCAGUAUCAAUCCAAAUUUUAUAACAUCAAGUGGUUAAAAUGGCAGAAUUAAAGUACUUACGUGGGUUUGGUUCGGAGUUUCAAUCCGAAGAUCCAAGAUGUCCGGAUUCAUUGCCAAAGGAUCAGAACUCUCCACAAAUCUGUCCUUACGGUUUAUAUGCCGAGCAAUUAUCCGGUUCUGCGUUCACGGCUCCUCGAAACGAAAACAAACGCAGUUGGCUCUAUCGUAUCCGCCCUUCGGUUGCUCAUAAACCUUUCAGGAAGUUCUCGUCCAAGAAUUGUGUUACCAACGAUUGGGAUGAAGAAGAACCCGACCCCAAUCAGAUGAGAUGGAAUCCUUUCGACUUACCAACAACCAAAACAGACUUCGUGGAUGGUCUUUACACGGUUUGCGGCUCGGGGGAUCCCCGCACAAAACUAGGACUGGCAAUUCACAUCUACUCGUGCAAUUCCUCCAUGGAAAAUCGGGCCAUUUCUAAUUCGGACGGUGAUUUCUUGAUAGUCCCACAAAUGGGUGAACUUUUGAUCACCACUGAAUUCGGCAAACUUACAGUCAAACCGAACGAGAUCGUGGUCAUUCAACAAGGCAUGAGGUUUAGAAUUGACGUAAAUGAACCUUCGAGAGGGUAUAUUUUGGAGGUGUACGGGAGACAUUUUACUUUACCGGAUUUGGGGCCGAUCGGAGCGAAUGGAUUGGCAAAUCCGAGAGAUUUUCUUACGCCUGUUGCUUGGUACGAAGACAAAGAUCAAAACUAUGAAGUGGUAGUCAAGUACCAAGGUAAAAUGUUUGUUUGUGACAUGGACCACAGUCCGUUUGACGUUGUUGCUUGGCACGGGAAUUAUGUGCCUUACAAAUACGAUCUGUCCAAAUUUAUGGUCAUUAACUCAGUAUCUUUCGAUCACUGUGAUCCGUCGAUUUUCACAGUUUUAACCUGUCAAUCAGAUAAAUCUGGAACAGCGAUCGCAGAUUUUGUGAUCUUUCCACCGCGUUGGUCUGUACAGGAACACACUUUUCGACCACCCUAUUAUCAUAGAAAUUGUAUGUCUGAAUUUAUGGGAUUGAUAUUCGGAGAGUACGAGGCGAAGAAAGGAGCGUUUUUGCCUGGAGGUGCUACACUUCACAGCAUCAUGACACCGCAUGGUCCAGACGUUAAUUGCUUCGAAUAUGCUAGUAAAGAGGUUUUGAAACCUUCCAGAAUUGCUGAUAAUACUCAAGCGUUUAUGUUCGAGAGUUGUUUAGGACUAGCCGUGACUAAAUGGGGCGCUAAAACUUGCGAAAAAUUGGAUCCCGAUUACUACAAAUGUUGGCAAGGAUUGAAGAAACAUUUUACUGGUGAUAAAUAAAAUUUACAACUCUUGUGUCGUUAAUAUACGUUACAUGUUUAAAUAAUAAAAAUGUUCAAUAUUU